AAAACUAAAACCUGGUAUCAACAUCUUGACCUGAUCCAGUCCCAUCAAAUGCGCGCCCCGUGUUCAUAGGUUCCCCAUGCGAGCUCCCCUCGAAACCGGGAGACGAGCGCCUGAGGUCAGCGGCUCACGACAUGGUCUCUUCGCGUAAGAAUCAAACGCGGUUUCGGAGGAAAUAAAGUUCAUCUUCUCUCCGCCGCCUGGCUUCCACCCAAGCAAGCUGCUCUUUUGCUUUCUUCCUCAUCGGUCAGUCGUCAGGAAGGAAGAUUCUCAAAGGAAAUCAUCCUGAGUGGGUCAGUUCGAAUUAGAUCUUACUGCUAGAUCUGCGUGGUGCAGAGGACGAGAUGGUGAAGGAGACGGAUUACUACGACAUACUGGGAGUCAGCUCUUUGGCCACCGAGGCCGAGAUCAAGAAGGCAUACUACAUCAAGGCGAGGCAAGUUCAUCCGGAUAAAAAUCCCAAUGAUCCUCUUGCAGCACAAAAUUUUCAGGUUUUGGGGGAGGCCUAUCAAGUACUUAGCAAUCCUGCACAGCGCCAAGCUUAUGAUGCCCAUGGGAAAUCAGGAAUAUCAACAGAUGCUAUUAUUGACCCUGCGGCUAUCUUUGCAAUGCUUUUUGGGAGUGAACUUUUUGAGGACUACAUUGGUCAGUUAGCAAUGGCUUCUAUGGCCUCGCUUGACAUAUUUACUGAAGGGGAACAAAUAGAUGCUAGAAAACUGCAAGAGAAAAUGAGGGUUGUUCAGAAGGAAAGAGAGGACAAACUUGCAGAGAUACUUAAAGAUCGAUUGCAUUUGUAUGUUAUAGGUAACAAGGAAGCAUUUGUUAGUAAUGCUGAAGCUGAGGUGGCAAAGCUUUCUAAAGCAGCUUAUGGAGUUGAUAUGCUAAACACCAUUGGCUACAUAUAUGUGAGGCAAGCUGCAAAGCAACUAGGAAAAAAGGCAAUAUAUUUAGGAGUACCAUUUAUUGCUGAAUGGUUUAGAAACAAAGGCCAUUUCAUCAAAUCUCAAGUAACUGCUGCAACAGGUGCAAUAGCUCUUAUGCAGUUGCAGGAGGACAUGAAGAAGCAGCUUAGUGCUGAAGGGAACUAUACCGAAGAAGAACUAGAAGAAUACAUGCGGUCUAACAAGAAACUAAUGAUCGAUUCCUUGUGGAAACUCAAUGUGGCAGAUAUUGAAGCUACUCUUGUGCAUGUUUGUCAAAAGGUUCUUCAGGAGAGUUCUGUCAAGAAGGAGGAACUUCGGGAUAGAGCUAAAGGGCUGAAAACUCUUGGAAAAAUAUUUCAGAGGGUUAAGUCAGGUAAUGCAAGUGAAAGUGGACCAACAUUGACUGGUGGUUCUCACAAUUUGACUGGGAACAUGCAAUACAGUGAUGGUAGCUCACCUUAUACCUCACCUAAAUCACCUACUGAACAUCCAUACUAUACAAAUUUCGAAACUCAGUGUCCAUAUGUGGAGGCUCCUCCCUUCACAGGUGCUCAAUGCAGCUACAAUUACCCAAUGCCCACUUCACCACCAGGGGCACUAAGACAUCCCUGAUCAGGUUAGUUACAGGAGCGAAGUAGCUGAACAUGUGCAUUUGUUGUUGUAUUAUAUUGUCAUUGUAAUCUAUUUUUUGCUUUUUUAUUUGAAGUAGGAUUUGAUAGUUUGAUUUCUUAGAUUUCCAUGUCUCGUGAAUCAUUUAGAGGGAGGGGUGUUUGUCUUGUAUGUUUUCACCUUCUUCUUCUUCUUAUUCUUCUUCAUCUUUGUCUUAAUUUUAUUUUAUUUUGUUUU